AGGACGGAGACAGCAACGUGGGCAAACUGUUUCCUUCACAGUGGAUCUGCUGCGACAUCCGUUACCUGGACGUGUCCAUCCUGGGGAAGUUUGCGGUGGUGAUGGCCGACCCUCCGUGGGACAUCCACAUGGAGCUGCCUUAUGGGACGCUGACUGAUGACGAGAUGAGGAAACUCAACAUCCCCAUCCUGCAGGACGACGGCUUCCUCUUCCUCUGGGUCACCGGCAGGGCCAUGGAGCUGGGCAGAGAGUGUCUCAGUCUCUGGGGAUAUGAUCGAGUUGAUGAAAUCAUUUGGGUGAAAACCAACCAGCUCCAGAGAAUCAUCCGCACAGGAAGGACCGGUCACUGGCUGAACCACGGCAAGGAGCACUGUCUGGUCGGUGUGAAGGGAAAUCCUCAGGGAUUCAACCGAGGGCUGGACUGUGACGUCAUCGUGGCCGAGGUCCGCUCCACCAGCCACAAACCAGACGAGAUCUACGGGAUGAUAGAGAGGCUGUCUCCAGGCACCAGGAAGAUCGAGCUGUUCGGUCGACCCCACAACGUCCAGCCCAACUGGGUGACUCUGGGGAACCAGCUGGACGGGAUCCACCUCCUGGAUCCGGACGUGGUCGCUCGCUUUAAGAGCCGUUAUCCCGACGGCGUCAUCUCCAAACCUAAAAACAUGCAGUGAAGACUUUGUGUGCUCGCAGGUUUGGAAGAAGUUUGUCUAUAAACUGUUUCUUCUUUUUUUUUUAAAGGUUUUUUUAUACCUCUGAACUUAUUUUUUAAAUAAAAUGUUGUCAACAUGAUAUGUUGUCUGUGCCUUGUUCAAAAGUAAUAACCUCGAAGAAUUUUUUUUAUUUGUUAAGUCUCUUCUGGCUGAUGAAGUGCUGUGGUUUUAUAUGGGCUGAAAUAUGUCCCACCAGAAACUGAAUUUGAAUUAUUUAUAUUUGAAUUUGAAUUGCUUAACUUGAAUAAUUGAAUUAAAAAAACUGAAUUUGAAUCACAGAAUUUGAAUUUGUACUGUUCAAUUUGAAUCAUUGCAUUGAAAAACUGAAUCUGAAUUGUAAUUGUAAUUUAAUUUAUUAGUUUGGAACUGAACAUUCAGUUCUCACAAUUCAAAUUCAGUUCGCAAAAUUCAAUUUCGAAGAGGCGCCAUGGCAACAUGUAACAAAAGAAAACGGAGGUGCUGACUGGCCGAAGAGGCGCCAUGGCAACGGGGUGGCAACAAAUAUGGUUUGUCCGCCACAGGACGGAUUAUUAAUUUCACUAAUUUAUACAAGGAACCAAUAAAAACAGACCUGUUUUUAAAACGCAGAUCUUCGAGAUUGUAACUUUAAGAAAUGGUUUAUACGUGAAAAAAUAAUGUGAAUCCCUUUUUGGUGUUAAUUUCCGACUAAUGUUUCCAUAAUUUCUGCAUUGAAAAACUGAAUCUAAAUAGUAAUUUGAAAUUUGAUUUAUUAGUUUGGAACUGAACAUUCAGUUCUAAUAAUUCAAAUUCAGUUCGCAAGAUUAAAUUUCAAUUUUCUGCGACGAACAUCUGGGUAGUUGAGGCAGAAAACGGAGGUGCUGAUUGGCCGAAGAGUCGCCAUGGCAACCGGGUGACGACAGUUGUUACAAAAGAAAACGGAGGUUCUGAUUGGCUGAAGAGGCGCCAUGGCAACCGGGUGGCAACAAAUAUGGUUUGUCACCCACAGGACGGAUUAUGAAUUCCACUAAUUUAUACAAGAAACCAAUAAAAACAGACUCUUCAGCUUUUUUUAAAACACAGAUCUUCCAGAUUGUAACUUUAAGAAAUGGUUUAUAUGUGAAAAAAUAAUGUGAAUCCCUUUUUGGUGUUAAUUUCCGACCCAUGUUUCCAUAAUUUCUGCACAUUUUCUGCAUCUAAUCGGCUGCAAAACUUCACAUUCACAAUCAACAAAAACAGACACAUUUUUAAUCAUUUUUCAUCUGAACCUUGUCUCAUAUUUAAACGGUUUAUAAACAGUUUAAAUACGAUCUUUGAUGGAAAAUAUAGUACUUUUACUAUACUUUAUUCAGAUAAUACUCACAUUUGUUUUUACUAAUGUAAGGAUUUUGAAAGCAGGACUUUAAUUUUACCGUGUGGUAUUUCUACUGUUUGUAUUAAAACAUCUGAAUACUUCUUUCACAACUGACAAUAAUGAGACGUGGAUGGUUAGUGCAUUUUUCAUAGACUGUGUAUAAAGAUGGAGGAAACCUUAAAACACAGAUCUUCCAGAUUGUAACUUUAAGAAAUGGUUUAUACGUGAAAAAAUAAUGUGAAUCCUUUUUUGGUGUUAAUUUCCGACUAAUGUUUCCAUAAUUUCUGCACAUUUCUGCAUCUAAUCGGCUGCAAAACUUCACAAUCAACAAAAACACAGACACAUUUUUAAUGUACAUUUUUUUAGUUAUUAUUUUGUUAGUAAAGAAUAAAGAUACUUUUCUUUUGA